CUCACCACUCAGUCCACCAUUUCACAAAAUAAAAGCAAACCAACUAGACCCAGCAUUUCAACUCCAUUAACAGACGUUCCCCAGCCAGACAAGACCUCCCUUCGCAGACAUGGCUGAAACCACACCUCCACACCACCACAAACAAGAAGUUCAAGUAGUACAAAUCCCAGUUCAUCACUCAACAGAACAGUCCCAAUUUCUCCCACCACCACCUCAUAAACAAAAGAAAUGGUGGUUCUGGGUCGUCUUCUGCAUAACCUUGCUCAUAAUAGGCCAAUUCUGCGGCAGAAUUCUUCAAAAGAUUUUCAUCAAUGAAGGAGGAAGAGGCACAUGGAUGAUUGCUCUUAUUCAAACCGCUGGAUUUCCCAUCUUAAUCCUCCCACUUAUCUUCUCUUCUUUCUCCAAAACCCCUCCCCCCAAUCCCCCCAUCAUUUCCACAGAAAACCCAUCUCUCUUCAAGCUCUGUUUAAUCUACUUCUUCCUCGGAAUCCUCUUAGCUGCUUCAACCAUGUUAUACUCAGUCGGGAUCUUGUACAUUUCUGUCAGUAGAUUCGCUCGAAUUUGCGCAACCCAGUUAAUUUACACCCUUAUAUUUUCCAACUUCAUCAAUCACCAUAAAGUCUCCAACUUCGUAAGUAUCUCUGCAAUUCUCAUCACUCUAUCAGCCGUCUUUUCAACAAUUAAUGGCUAUUCCUUUCCGGGUAAGCCAAGCACGGGUUCACCCAUUCCCGCCAUCGGUCACCCGCUCACUCAAAUUGCAUCAAUUGCUUACUGUUUGAUGCUUUCCCUAAUGCGAUUAAGCUUCGACAAAGUGAUACUAAAAAGGACGAACAAGACGAGGGUUAGAGCUGUGUUGGAAAUGCAGAUUUUCACAGCAAUGGUGGCUUCGAUCAUUCUGGUUAUAGGGUUAUUGGCGACGUCCGAAAGGACGAGUACUGUGAGCUUUGUUUCAGGGUUUAACAAAGGGACGAAAGGGUAUGUGUUGAUCUUGGUCGGAGCUGGUUUGGGUUGGCAAGCUUUCUCUGUUGGGGCUCUGGGUCUGGUUCUGUUGGUUUCGCCAUUUUUCUCAAAUGUGGUUAAUGUGUUUGUGAUGCCAUUUUUACCAGUAGUUGCAGCUCUGUUCUUUGAUGGGUCAAUGUCGGUGUGGAAGAUAAUCGCCGUGCCCUUGGCCCUGGUGGGUUUUGGGUUUUACCUUCAUCAGCUUUAUGGGUUUGGAGAUGGAGAAACUCGAGAAGGAGGCUCCGGACAGAACAACGAGGGCGAAGCGUAGGAUUAACAUAUAUCAUAGAAAUUGUUUCUGUUAAUUGUAUAAUGUUAUUUGAAAUGUUGUGAUUCUUUUUAUUCUUUGAUUUACUUUUGUAGUGGGAAUUUGGUUGUAAUAUUUGUAUUUGGUUAUUAAGAAAUUGUAUUGUGUUGAUUAAUUGUAAUUAAAUUAUAUUUUCCAAUUUUAAUAAAAUUUAUAAUACAAAGUUA